AUGGAUAAAGAUACCAUCUUCUUUAAUGGCCGUAUCCUCACCAAAGCUGGCUCCGGUCUGCAUGCAGAGCCCACAUUUGCAGACAGCAUGUUGGUGAGGAACGGAACUAUAGCUGCAGUCGGAAAAUUUCAAGAGGUUUUCUCUGAAUGUCCAUCCGACGCGCAAAAGCGAGACCUCAAGCAGCAGACUGUGCUUCCAAGCUUUAUCGAUGGCCACAUGCAUCUCUUACUUCUUGGGCAAUCACUUCGCAAACUCGACCUCCGACCCUGCAAGUCUCUAGAGGAAAUCCGAUCCACUAUCAAGCAGUAUGCGGUCGCCAACCCAGACAUCCCGACUAUUCUUUGCAAGAACUGGAUGCAUUCCAUGACACCAAAUGGUGUUACUGCCAUGAUGCUGGACGACAUCGACCUAAGACCCAUCUUCGUCGAUGCAAGCUCGCAGCACUCAUGCUGGAUGAACACCGCCGCCCUGAAGGUGCUCGGUGCUGAAACUAUGUCAGAUCCCCCUGGUGGUAGAAUACAUCGCGAUGGGGAGGGAAAACCUUCCGGUGUCAUGGAUGAAGGUGCUAUGAUGUCAGUUAUCUGGCCAUACCAAGCAGUGUCAUCAUCCAAGGAAGAGCGCAUGCAGUCGAUUCUCCAAGCAAUUCAUGAAUAUAAUGCGGCAGGAUAUACCGGCGUUGUAGAGAUGGCUAUGGACGAAGAAGCGUGGGACAGCCUUGUUACUCUCCGCUCGACGCAACCAGAUCUACCCAUGCGUGUUGCCGCAUACUGGCUCAUCAAACCGACGGCAGACCCCGAAUCCAACUCGAAGCAGGUACAGCGUGCGAUUGAAUUGAGUGGACAGUACAAUUCCAGUACCAGUCCUGACCUUCGGAUCGUCGGUAUUAAGGUUAUCUGCGAUGGAAUCAUUGACGCUUGCACUGCUUUCUUGUCCGAGCCAUAUGCGCCCACUGGUUCACCUCCGCCCAUUUGGGAAGCCGAGCACCUAGCCCCAGUUGUCAAGGAAGCAGACAGCGCGGGCCUUCAGAUAGCCCUCCAUGCUAUCGGAGAUGGAGCAAUUAAAAUGGCGAUUGAUGCAAUUGAGAGGUAUGCGAGUCCAGGGAGACGUCACCGCAUCGAACAUCUUGAACUUGCAUCUCCGGAGGAUGCAAAGAGGCUGGGAGAACUCGGUCUGACAGCGUCUAUCCAGCCUGUACAUGCUGAUCCCUCUAUUCUCACCGAGUGGCCCCAUCUUAUUGGAGAGGAGCGCUGCGAGAGGGCAUUUGCAUACCGCGAAUUCGCGGAUGCUGGGGCUCUGGUGGCGAUUGGAACUGAUAGUCCUACUUCGCCUUGGGCUCCGAUGGACAAUCUUUACGUGGCUACCACGCGAAAGUCGUCUAGAAACGUUGAAUACACUAAGGUUGUGAAUGAACAUUUCCGUCUGGGGAUGUGUGAAUCUAUUGUUGCUGCAAGUGGGGGUGCGGCACGAAGCGUUUUUGCGGAAGAGAGGAUUGGUAGCUUGGAUGUUAGGAAAUUGGCGGACUUUAUUGUUGUUGAUAUGGAAUGGGAUGCAAAUGCCUUGUUGGAGGCCAAGAUUAAAGAGACAUGGUUUGGAGGAAGGAAGGUUUGGGGCUGA